CAGAAAAUCCUUGCCACUAUCUCCCAUUGAUAACAAGCCCCUCUAAAAGUAUACAGAGAUGUUUUAAUUUUUAGCUAAUUAAAUGGAAAGCCUCAGCCCGUUUGUUUUCUGGUCGCAGACCAAACAGACACUCUUACUUAAAGUCGACCUCAAAGAUGCCAAGGGCGCUAUCGCAGACUUUUCGCCGGUUGCGGUGAAUUUUAGUGCCAAUGGCCACGGAGCCCGGGGCAUGAAUGCCUACAAGUUUCAAUUGCACUUCUAUGCCUUGAUAGACGACGAGAACGCCACAUUUGUGGUCAGCGACAACAAAAUCGAAUUACAGAUUAGAAAACUAGAACCGGAAUGGUGGCCCCGGCUAGUGGCCACUCCUCAGAAACCACACUGGCUGAAGAUAGACUUCGAUCGCUGGCGCACCGAGGACGAUGCCGAACUGGAGGAGAAGCCGCGGGACGUGCGCCAGGACUAUCAGCAGGAGUACGCAGACCUGCAGAAGCGCGAGCUGGGCUACAUUAAGGAGAAAACGAAGAAAGUCUACAUGAUAUUCUACAAUCUGGCCAUGUUUAUAGGAUACCUGUACAUAGUGGCCGUCAUGGGAGUGCUCUACUACCGCGAUGGGGCUGAGAGCAUUGCCAAGACAUACGCCAACGUGGGCAACGCCUUCAAGUUUGUGCAAUUGCUGCAGUAUCUUGAGGUGAUGCAUCCGCUGUUCGGCUACACGAAGGGCAGUCCGCUGGUACCAUUUUUCCAGGUAUCGGGCCGCAACUUUGUGCUCUUUCUAAUGAUUGAAAUGGAACCGCGCAUGUACACCAAGCCAGUGGUAUUCUAUGUGUUUAUCAUUUGGUCUCUAGUGGAACUCGUUCGCUAUCCUUUCUAUCUAAGUCAGCUGCUGGGUCGCGAAGUGGGCUUGCUCACCUGGCUACGCUACACCAUCUGGAUACCGCUUUACCCCAUGGGCAUUCUGUGUGAGGGAAUCAUUGUUCUCCGCAAUAUUCCCUUCAUUGAGGAGACGAAACGGUUUUGCGUCGACAUGCCCAACCGCUGGAACAUCACUUUCGACAUGGUUCUUUUCCUGAAAAUCUACCUCCUGCUACUGAUCCUGCCUGGCAGCUACCUUGUCAUGUCGCACAUGGCCAAGUUGCGGGCUAAGAAGCUGGGACGAGGGCGUGCCAAGCGCCGGCAGCACCUUCACGCCGACUAAUCGACCCACUGCCCGGAGCAGGUUCGUUCGCACUGUGGCAGUACCUAUUUCCUAUUUUCGUUUAGCAUAAGCAAACAGUCCAAAGAACUCUAGAGAUCCACCAAACUAUUCAACUUUUGACGUUCAUUAAACAUUUUUAUCAUAUUGCAAA